AGCAUUUGUAAUUUGGCUGCUUCAGAUGAACACGCAUAUAUUUCGUCAUAAUUCCAAUUCUCUCUCUCUCUCUCUCUCUCUCCCUAAGCUUCAUUGGGUGGCCGGAAAAUUAGAAAUCCGACCUACUUGAUGUUUUCCGAUGAAGUUUUGCCUGGAAAGAGGGAGAACUGAGUGAUUUGACUUGUUGGGUUGGUGUGAUGAAUGCUGAUUUCGCUGGAAAUUCGUCAAAUUCCGGAGAAGGGAAAUCCUCCGGCGACCGGGAAUGUGAGGAAGUGAUGGUAGCUGUGAAGUCCGGGAAAGAGAACCCGCGAAAUGCUUUGGCUUGGGCUCUGACCCACGUUGUUAAGGCGGGCGAUUCUGUUACUUUGGUGGCCGUUGUUUCCAAUGAAAACAAAGGAGGGAGGAGGGGUUGGAGCUUUCCAAGGUUGGCCGGAGAUUGCGGAAGCGGUCACCGGAAGCAGAGGUCGGAGAGUACAGAUGACGGGAAAUGUGAGAUCUCGGACUCCUGUUCUCAGUUGAUGCUCCAGCUCCACGGCCAGAGCCGAAUAAACGUGAAGAUAAAGGUUGUGUAUGCUUCGCCGCCUGGUGCAGUGGCCCUAGAAGCAAAGAGAGCUGGCGCCAACUGGCUUGUAUUAGACGGGCAUUUGAAACAAGAAGAGAAGAUAUGCAUGGAGGAGCUCCACUGCAACAUUGUUACCAUGAAAAAAGCAAAAGCCAAGGUUCUCAGGCUCAACUUAGCAGGAGUCCAAAACCCGGUAGACACCCCUGAUAUUUUAACCUUAGAAUUAAAGAAUCAUAUUGCAAAAAACCAGCCAGAAAACAGGAUGAAAUUGCCCUCGACCCCAACCAGUAGCCCUGAAGGGCACACAUCUCCCUUCUCUAGAACUGAAGCUGGCUUGUCCUCAGUAUCCAGUUAUGAUAUCGGUGCAUCCCCGUUCUAUGUCUCUGAAACAAACCCACUUUUCAAUCUCUCACAAAAGGGAAAAUCCCACCUUUUAGAGCAAGAGAGAGGCGUCGAAGAAGAGUCAGCCAUAUUAUCGGAGACUGAUAUUGAUGGCUGGAGUCCUGUCUACUCUCAGCCGUGGUUGGAGACCAAUCAGGAAAAAGCUUACAAAAAUUCAUCUGACAUCGAUAUCACAACAAUACAUAGAAAACCAUUCCCAUAUUCCACAUUAUCAUUAGCAGAUACACAAGGAAAUUAUUGGGUUCCUUCAAACCCAAAUUACAAUAGAAUUGAGAAACCUCAGAUACCCAAAACCCUGAUGGAGAAGUUCUCAGAAAAUGAUCAAGAAGACGGACUCUGGAGAUUGGGUCUCUACAAAGACCCUGGAAUCAUACAUGAUAAGCGUAGCGAUUCCGGUUACUUGUCUUCAGUAGUAAGAGAUGCAGUCUCUUUAUGCAGGAACUCUCCUUCGACUCCUCCACCUCUAUGUUCUAUUUGUCAACAUAAAGCACCACUUUUUGGUAAACCACCAAGGUGGUUUAGUUAUGAGGAGCUUGAGCUCGCAACAGGGGGGUUUUCAGAGGCUAAUUUCUUGGCUGAAGGUGGGUUUGGUUCAGUUCAUAGAGGGGUUCUAGAAGAUGGUCAAGCAGUGGCAGUUAAGCAGCACAAGGCAGCUAGUUCUCAGGGUGAUGUUGAGUUUUGCUCAGAGGUGGAGGUAUUGAGUUGUGCUCAGCAUAGAAAUGUGGUGAUGCUCAUUGGGUUUUGUAUAGAAGAGAAGAGGAGACUGCUGGUUUAUGAAUAUGUUUGCAAUGGGUCACUGGACGCUCAUUUGUAUGGACGAGGCCGUGACCCAUUAGACUGGGAUGCAAGGCAGAAGAUAGCAGUGGGGGCAGCUCGAGGACUGAGAUACCUUCAUGAGGACUGUAGGGUUGGUUGCAUAGUGCACCGUGACAUGAGGCCCAACAACAUCCUCAUCACCCAUGACUUUGAGCCAUUGGUUGGGGACUUUGGGCUGGCAAGGUGGCAGCCGGAUGGUGAUCUUGGUGUGGAUACUAGAGUAAUUGGGACUUUUGGAUAUUUGGCACCAGAAUAUGCUCAGAGUGGUCAAAUAACCGAAAAGGCAGAUGUGUAUGCAUUUGGAGUGGUUCUGGUGGAGCUCAUCACUGGCAGGAAAGCUGUGGACAUUAGUAGACCAAAGGGUCAACAGUGCCUCACAGAGUGGGCCCGCCCCUUACUCGAAAAGUGUGCCAUCUCUCAGCUGUUAGAUCCACGAUUGCAACUACAUUCCCCGCACACUCACCAACAGCUCUAUUGCAUGCUCUAUGCCGCUUCUUUAUGCCUAAGGCGAGACCCACACUCAAGACCACGAAUGUCACAGGUUCUCCACAUAUUAGAGGGAGAUGAUCCAAACUAUUGUAGUACCCCGGCCUAUGACACGGCAUCAAUAGGGAGCAUAAGCGGCAGGUUGAGCUGUCUAAGUCUUCAGAGCCUAACGGGUGACUCCCAACCAGGUCAUAGCCGUCGGCUCUCCCAUGAAGCCCUCAAAGCCGUCUACUGUGAUAGAGGAAGAUCACAUCCUGCUACCAUUGCCUAAGUCUGCUUGCAACUCUAGUAAUGUUCUCAUAUCACUAGUUUUUUUCAUUAUUGAAUGAUUUCUUGUAAUUCUAAAUUGUAUUUAUUUAUUUUCUCAACUAGUAAAAGGAAAUUAUAUUCAUCCAGAAAGUUCUGAAAUAAUCCAAAUCUCGAGUUAUCAAAGACU